CGGGCGCAGUGGGUAACGGAAGGCAGGCGGGCAGCGAGGAGAAGAGGCCUGAAAACCCGCGCGCAGCUGUUCGGGGGUGACGGAAGCUAACCCGUGCGUGUUUCCCCACUUCCGCGGGAAUCGCUCUAGUCUCGGGAGAGCGCUGUGCUGCUGAGCGGUGCCUGUCGGGAGUUUUUGCAGACAGUCGUGUUAGUGAGGGCGCAGUCGGGGGGGGACCUCGGGCCAAAAGUGACCCGAACAGGGUCCUGGUGAACAAGCGAAUGGCGGCAGCCGGAGGAGGCGAAGGACCAGCAGGACCGGGAACCGGGGGCAAGAUAAGGAGUAGGAGAUAUCACUUGAGUUCCGGCAGGGCUCCAUACAGCAAGAGCCGACAGCAGCAGCAGGGUAUUAUCAGCCGGGUCACAGAUACUGUCAAGAGCAUUGUUCCUGGAUGGUUGCAGAAGUAUUUUAACAAACAAGAAGAGGAACGUGGUCGAGCACAUAAUGCAAGUGAAGUUAUUGUGAAUGAUAUUGAGGGCAGAGAAAAUAAUGCUGAACACCAUAUAUAUGAUGAGGAUGAAGGAAACUCUGCCAUGGAUGGCAGAGUCACGCCUGAGCCAAUUAUUAAUGUUGAUGAAGAAGUUCCGUCCACUAGUCGGUCAGCAAUAAGCGACACAGAUGCCCUUGCUAGGCCAUCGUUACACCGUGCUAGUCUAAACUUCAACAUAUUUGACUCUACGGCACUGAACUGCCAGCCAUCAACAUCUACAUUUCCUAUUGGCACAUCUGGCUUCUCGCUUGUAAAAGAGAUCAAGGACUCUACCUCGCAACAUGAUGACGAUAACAUCUCUACCACCAGUGGGUUUUCCUCUCGAGCGUCUGAUAAGGAUGUAGGACUUUCAAAAAAUGUCAGCAUGCCACCUCUUUGGUCUCCUGAAGUUGAUCGCUCUCAGUCUUUGUCCCAUAACUCCUCCAUGACCUCUAAAAAACCAAGUUUUAAUCUGUCUGCUUUCAGUUCUCUGUCACCAUCUCUUGGAAACACAUCUAUCUUAAACAGUCAGCUUGGGGAUUCUCCUUUUUAUCCUGGCAAAACAACAUAUCAAGGUGCAGCUGCAGUCCGUCCCUCACGUGUGCGCUCCACCCCAUAUCAAGCACCUUUACGAAGACAAGUGAAAGCAAAACCAGCACACUCUCAGCAGUAUGGUGUUACCAGCUCUGCUGCACGCCGCAUUCUACAAUCUUUGGAGAAGAUGUCUAGUCCUUUGACGGAUGCCAAAAGGAUUCCACCAGGCUCUUCUUUAUCUCACACACCGGAGAAAAGCCUUGUGAAUAUUGCCGAAAACCCAUCAAAAAGGAAAAAGGUGGAGUCCCCAUUUCCUCCUGUUCAGAGACUUGUGACUCCAAAAUCCAUUUCUGUAUCUUCGAACCGUUCCCUGUAUAUCAAACCUUCACUCACACCCUCUGCUGUAUCAAAUACAAACAGUCGGAGAAUACAGCCAGACAAGCACAAUGAGUCCAAAAAGAAUUAUAUUCAGAAUGUGCAAUCAACAUCUCAGUCUCACAGUUUUUCUUACCCAAAGUUCAGCACUCCAGCAUCCAAUGGAUUGAUAUCAGCAACAAGUGGGGGCAAAAUGAUGAGGGAAAAAGGCUCUCAUUACUCGACAAAGCCAGCUCAUGAGGAGUUGGAUCUACCAGUUUUACCUGAAAUUCCAUUGCCUCUUAGCACAGCAGCCCUUCCAAGCUUUACAUUUUCAACUUUGGCUAGUACUGCUACUUCGCCUAUCUCUGCUACUAAACCUGCAGACAUUGCGACAUGUGUCUUAACCAGCAGUAGCCCAUUGUUCACAUUUUCAUCCCCUAUCGUGAAAUCAACUGAAUCAAAUGCUCAAUCUCCUGGGUCACCUGUUGAUUUCACUUUCAGUGUACCAACAGUAAAAGUGUCUUCUGCAAUAUCUGUAGAGAGCAAUGUGUCUGCUGUAAGUAGCAUAGCUAAAAUGCACGUAGCUGUGAAUAACGGCAGUACAAAGAACACUGACGAUGAACAAGUGGGAUUCUGUAAACCUGCAAAAACUCUGAAGGAAGGGAGUGUGUUAGAUAUUUUGAGAAGUCCAGGCUUUUCAUCUUCACCUUCCCAGGUGACUUCAGCAUUUACUCCUAACAGAAGCACACCAACCCUCACAAAGACUGUGGGAAAUACAUUCUCCCCUGCAAAAGUAUCAUUGGGUGUAGGAAGCAAGCAAGGUUUGGGACUUUGGCAGUGUAGUGCAUGUUUUCAUGAGAAUAUGUUAUCUGAUAGCAACUGUAUUGCUUGCUCUGCUGAAGCAUCCAAGAAACUACCUGCUUCACCACCAAGUAGCAAUACAAAAAACACUGUUCCUCUUUCUAGUGAACCAGGACUAGGCGACCUAUUUAAACUGCCCGCAGGCAUGUGGAAUUGUGACACUUGUUUAGUGCAGAACAAAGCAGAAGUAACAAAGUGCGUUGCUUGUGAAACCCCCAAACCUGGGACAAGCAUGAAAGCUACCUUGUUGAUACCUUCCACCACGAAGGCUAUAAAUCCAGCCACAAAUACUCUUGCUUUUGCUUCAAGCAUUUCAAAUAAAGACGUCUGCAAAAAGCCUAUGGGAUCUUGGGAGUGCACAUCUUGCCAUAUGCAGAAUAAAACGGAGGAUAAUACAUGUGUGGGCUGCACAGCAGAGAAACCAGGAACCAUCAAGAGCUUAUCUACUGCUGCACCAUCAGGGCUGCUGGGAAUGUUGGAUCAGUUUAAGAAACCAGCUGGCAGCUGGGAUUGUGACGUCUGCUUAAUACAAAACAAACCAGAGGCCACCAGAUGUGUUGCAUGUGAAAGUGCCAAGCCAGGCGCCAAUGCUGAAAUGAAAGGUAGUUUUGAUACAGUGAGAAAUUCUGUUUCAGCUGCACCCCUUACUUCAGGGCAGAUUGGAUUGCUAGAUCAAUUUAAGAAGUCAGCAGGAAGCUGGGAUUGUGAUGUGUGCCUAGUAGAAAACAAACCAGAAGCCACAAAAUGCGUUGCCUGUGAGAGCGCAAAGCCGGGCACCAAAGCAGAGUUAAAAGGUUUUGGAACAUCAACCUUUUCCUCUGGAACAACUGCUCCGACCUUCAAGUUUGGUGUGAAGCCUUCAGAUAGCACUGGAGAGUUAAAAUCUGGUGAAGCUACAGGCCCUGAAAGUGGCUUUUCUUUUGCCAAACCUGUAGGGGAUUUUAAAUUUGGUUUAGCGUCUGCAUCCACAACAACCGAGGAAUCUGGCAAGAAAAGCUUUACAUUUGGCUCUUCUACUAACAAUCAAGUUUCAGCAGGUUUUAAGUUUGGUGUUACCAGCUCUGCUCAGACAAAAACAGACACCCUAAGCCAGUCUAGCACAAGUGGUUUCAAAUUUGGCUCGGUUUCCAACACUGUUUCUCUUGCUCCUGCUGCAAUUAGUUCAGGGUUGCAAGUGGCAGCCGCAAACGAUGAUUCUAAUCUUGCCGCUACAGCUGGCUUAAAAUCAGUACAAGAGAAAAAGCCUGAAGCACCUACCACGACACCCUUUACUUUUGGUAAAACCGAUCAAAAUAAAGAGACUGUAUCCACUUCUUUUGUCUUUGGAAAGAAAGAUGAACAGACAGACUCUGCUCCAUCCGGGCAAAAAAAGGAUGGGGAAGAACCUAAGCCGUUUCUCUUCGGAAAACCUGGGGCAGCCAAAGAUGGCAGUACAGCAUCUGCUGGUUUUACUUUUGGAGUGUCUAAUCCUACAGAGAAAAAGGAUGAACAGCCUGGAAAAUCUGUUUUUGCCUUUGGUGCUCAAACUUCAACUACAGAUGCUGGAGCUUCCAAACAGCCUUUCAGUUUUCUGACCAGUGUCUCCUCCACUGCAGAUUCAUCAAGUACUUCUGGUGUCUCCAGCAGUGUGUUUGGCAGUGUGACUCAGUCAAGCUCUUCUGUAAACCCUACUAAUGUGUUUGGCAGUGCUAUUUCAGCAAAUGUUCCUGCUGCAUCUACUGCUGUAUUCGGGAACCUCCCUCCAUCAAAUGCCCCUGCAGCUCCUAGCACUUUGUUUGGUAAUGUUGCUCCCUCCAGUACCCCUUCAGGCUCCAGUGCUUUGUUUGGCUCUACAACCUCAUCCAGUUCUCCUGCCAGUUCCACUAGCUUGUUUGGUUCUGCAGCUAAAUUGAGUGCUCCUGUAGCUUCUGGAGGUGUAUUUAACAGUGCGGCACCUGCUGCCCCGGCAUCCACUUCAAGUAGUGUGUUUGGCAAUGCAGCUUCUUCCACAAACACUUCUGGGAAUUCUGUGAACAUAUUUGGAAGCUCUGCUGGAACCUCCAGCGCCCCUGGGGCUUUUGUGUUUGGACAGCCAGCUAGUACUGCUAGCACUGUUUUUGGGAACUCGAUCGAAUCAAAAUCGACCUUUGUUUUCUCUGGUCAGGAGAAUAAACCAGUGUCCUCUGCAAGUACUUCUGUGACUCCAUUUCUAUUUGGAGCAGCAUCUGCCAGUACUACCCCAGCAGCUCCAAGUUUUAACUUUGGACAAACAAACGCCUCAAAUGUGACAGGCAGUAGCUCUUCUCCAUUUAUCUUUGGCACUGGCUCAACUGGCCCUGCUUCAUCAAGCUUAACUGCCAAUCCCGUGCCAGCAUUUGGGCAAAGUGCUAACCCGUCUACUGCACCUGCUUUUGGUUCUUCAACUUUAGUGUUUCCAGCUGGUAAUCCUCAGCAAGUGCCAGCCUUUGGGUCUAGUAGUUCCCAACCCCCUGUGUUUGGGCAGCAAGCCGCUCAGCCUUCUUUUGGAUCAUCUGCUGCACCCAGCGCUGGAUCUGGUUUUCAGUUUGGCAACAACCCAAACUUCAACUUUACCAGCACAAAUUCUUCAAGUGGAGUCUUCACUUUUAAUGCAAAUUCAGAAUCCACCACCCAGCCACCUGCACCAGGCUUUAUGUUUAAUGCAGUCACACCAGGCUUUAACAAAGGAACGAAUGGCAGGACAACUCCAGCAUCUUCUAUUUCUAAUCGGAAGAUAAGGACGGCCAGAAGAAGAAAAUAAUCGAAUGUGUAAUCGUUCUUUCAAGAAAUGAAUGGUGUCCCACAUUGUGCAAAUCCUGGAGUGUACCUCAAGCUGUGUGUAGUGGGAGUCAGAUCAGCCCAAGGACAAUAUAAAUAAUAUGCUGAAACUUUUGUCUCUUUUUUUUUUUUUUUUCCUCUGUAAUUAAAACAUGGUGAUGGGAAUUUUCUUAACCAAGAAAUCUGAUUCCGGCACCUCCUUUGUUACCUGACUUGGCAUGAUGUGGCUAUACAAGUGUUUAUAGCCUGCACAGCGAAUGGCUUUUGUAUAAUACCUCUUUCAUCCGCACCACUAUUUUAUUGAUGCUUUCAAAUUGUAAUUAUGAGCGAGGGGCCGUGUAUAGGUUAGAGACUGACGACCUAUUUCUAUGCCGCAGUUGUGCUGGUGAAUGUGUCAAGUUGAGAGUAGUGUGCACCAAAACUUUUCUGGUUGUGGAAGACUGAUACGUGGAUGGUCCUUACGUGGGACAUGCUCAAUCUGUAGUUCUCUGUUUCAAACAUGCCUUUUCUUCUCCUCCUCCUCCUUCACCCGUUUUCAUUCAGCUCUUGUCAUCUUUACUUUCCUCCAUUAUUUUAUUCUAUUCAUGUAAAUACAUUUGUUUCCUACGUGUACCCUUCAGCAUAACCUAAAUCUGUGAACUUGAAGUUUUAAUUUUUUUUUUUUCCGUUUUACUGCAAAUCUCCCCUUUGUUUAGAAGUGUCUCAGAUUUUAUUAUGUAAGUCUCAUUAUUCAAAGUUGCCUAAAUCCAUUAAAAAAAAAAAGUCUUUAAAGAAAAUUGGAAAUUCUUUAAAGUGUUUAUUGGCUUUUCUGAUCCAUUUUUGUUUGGACCAAAAACCAGGAUUGUACAAAGUAUUAAGUAUAUAUUUUUAUAUUUACAGAAAUGGACUGUGGUGACUUUGGAUAAUAAGUUUAAUAUUAAAGCCAUGUUUAUUACAGUAUAAUUAACAUGUUAAAUGCCAUCAAUAAAAUUAUAAAAUACAA